AUGGGGCUCAGCAUUCUUUUGCUCCUGUGUGUUCUUGGGCUCAGCCAGGCAGACACACAGAAGAUUGUUGGUGGCACUGAGUGUGUGCGGAACUCACAGCCUUGGCAGGUGGGGCUGUUUGAGGGCACCAACCUGCGUUGUGGGGGGGUUCUCAUUGACCGCAGGUGGGUCCUCACAGCUGCUCACUGUAGUGGCAGGUACUGGGUGCGCCUGGGGGAACACAGCCUCAGCCGGCUAGACUGGACAGAGCAGAUCCGGCGCAGCAGCUUCUCUGUGACCCACCCCAGCUACCAGGGAGCCCAGCAGAGCCAUGACCAUGAUCUCCGGCUUCUGCGGCUUAACACGCCUGUCCGCUUGACCCGCAGUGUCCAGCCCCUGGCCCUGCCCAGCACUUGUGCAACCAUUGGCACUGAGUGCCAUGUCUCAGGCUGGGGCACCACCAACCAGCCAUGGAGUCCAUUUCCAGACCUGCUCCAGUGCCUCAACAUUUCCAUUGUCUCUGAUGCCACCUGCCGUGCUGUGUUCCCUGGGAGAAUCACAGAAAAUAUGCUGUGUGCGGGCGGCAUCGCCGGGAAGGAUGCCUGUCAGGGUGACUCUGGGGGCCCCCUGGUAUGUGGGGGAGUCCUUCAGGGUCUGGUGUCCUGGGGAUCCGUGGAGCCUUGUGGGCAAGAAGGCAUCCCAGGAGUCUACACCAAUGUUUGCAAUCUCACUAUUGUUGUUGUGGGAAUGUCUUGGAAUCCCAACUCCAGCAAGCCCUUCCAGGACUCCCCAGCCUGCUUCAGCUGCAACUGCCGGGCCCCAGAGCCCCAGCCAGAGCCUCUUCUGGGACCUGGUCAGGUCUCAGAGGAACCUGGGGCCGGCCCUUCCCCGCUCCAGGCCAUGACGAUUCUGCGAUUCAUCACACUUGCUCUGGUGACAGGGCAUGUAGGGGGAGAGACCAGGAUCAUCAAGGGGUACGAGUGCCCUCCUCAUUCCCAGCCCUGGCAGGUGGCCCUGUUCCAGAAGACACGGCUGCUCUGUGGGGCAACCCUCAUCGACCCCAAAUGGCUCCUGACAGCAGCCCACUGCCGCAAGCCCAGCUACAUAGUUCACCUGGGGGAUCACAACCUCCAGCAGCGGGAUGUCUGUGAGCAGACCCGCAUGGCCACUGAGUCCUUCCCACACCCGGGCUUCAACAACAGCCUCCCAAACAAAGACCACCGCAAUGACAUCAUGCUGGUGAAAAUGGCAGCACCAGCCUUCAUCACCCGGGCCGUGAGACCCCUCACUCUGUCGUCACACUGUGUCACCGCUGGCACCCGCUGCCUCAUUUCUGGCUGGGGCACCACAUCCAGCCCCCAGUUGCACCUGCCCCAUACCUUGCGAUGUGCCAACAUCUCCAUCAUGGAGCACAAGGAGUGUGAGAACGCCUAUCCUGGUAACGUCACAGAUACCAUGGUGUGCGCCAGUGUUCAGGAAGGGAACAAGGACUCCUGCCAGGGCGAUUCUGGGGGCCCUCUGGUCUGUAAUGGGUCUCUUCAAGGCAUUAUCUCCUGGGGCCAGGAUCCAUGUGCUGUCACCAGAAAGCCCGGUGUCUACACAAAAGUCUGCAAAUAUGUGGAUUGGAUCCAGGAGACUAUGAAGAACAAUUAGACAGGACCCACUCACCACGGGCUAACACCACCAAACUAUUUGGCGAUUUGAUUCUUGUUCAUUCUGCUAAUAAGAAACCCUAAGCAGGACCCCUUUAUGAACUUUCUUUGGGCCUCCUUUACUACAGGAGAUGCUAUAGCUUAAUAAUCAACUUGGGGUUUGGAAUCAGUGAGACCUGGAUUCAAAUCCUGACUCAGACUAACUUGUGACUCUGGGAAUGAUAAGAGCUAUUUUCUUCACUGUAAUAUCCCCAGCCCCAAAGAGAGUU